GCUGCGCCGACGAGGCUGCUGAUUUCCCCUAUCAGUGUAUUUUAGUGAGUGAGUGGGAGGGUCAAACUCGAUGACUAAUAAGGAGAGGAAGCCAAGCAAGGGAGCCCAUUCUUACUUUUUGAUUUGCAGACGACUUUUGAAUCGCCGCCGCCGGCUAAACGUUAUGUGCGCGUUUGCUGUUGGAUUAUAAUAAAAGGCAAAGUUUGAUUCUGAAUAUAUCUGGGAAUACUGUUCACAUGAGUCAAAGAAGAAAUGAGACACUCUGUAGCUGUAUGGGCAGUUUUGUUUUGGGUGGCAAAUGCCAGUGAUCUCAGCAAUGGCAUGGCAGUCACUGACAGAGCAGGUCACACAUGCCCAGUACUGAGGGCUGAUGAAAAACAGUUUAAGCAAAGCCAGAAGACUCUGGAGCUGACUGGAUUUGACCUGACAGAGAAGUUUUUACUGAGGAAGGCGAGUGGGGGAGAUGACCGGCCCUCCUUUAGACUGGGAACCUCCCCGCUAAUAAAGCCAACAGAGCUUGUGUUUCCAAAUGGGCUCUCAGACGAGUAUUCAUUAGUAUCCACAUUUCGAUUGAGAAGGACCACCAAGAAAGACCGCUGGUACCUAUGGCAAAUUGCUGAUCAGAAUGGCAGCCCACAGAUAUCCAUUGUAAUAGAUGGGAAUAAAAGAGUGGUGGAAUUGGCAGUGAGAGGUCUUCUGAAGAACACUCUUUAUUACACUUUCAAGAGUCGGGAUCUUCACACUUUGUUCGACCGCCAGUGGCACAAACUGAGCUUCAGCUUUCAGUCCAAAAUUGUCUCCCUCUACAUGGACUGCAAGCUGAUUGAGAGAAGACUCAUCGAUGAAAAGGACGCCAUCGACUCUGCAGGCCGCAUGCUCAUCACCACUCGUGUAGAAGAUGGCAGGCCGAUCGAUAUUGAACUUCAGAAGUUAACAGUCUACUGUGAUCCGCUAAUCCCUGAACUGGAGACCUGUUGUGAAAUUCCCAAUACUUUGUGCCCACCGAAGGAGCUGUUACCUGCCACCUUCCCGUCUCUGAUCACCAGCCAUCAGCCUAGAACAGCAUCUCAGCACCCUAUGCCAGCAAGUGAGAGAUGCCAGUGUUCAGCAAGUAAGGGUGAACAAGGUUUGCCUGGAACAGCAGGAGACCCCGGACAGAAAGGAGAGAAAGGUGAUAAGGGUGACAAGGGCUUAGAUGGCACACCGGGGAGAGACGGCUCACCUGGAUCCCCGGGAGCUACUGGGCCUCUAGGACUUGAUGGUGACAAAGGUGAAAAAGGAGAUAAAGGAGAUGUCGGUCCUGAGGGGCAACCAGGAAAAGAAGGUUUAAAAGGUGACCCUGGAUUUCCUGGUUUAAGUGGACCCAAGGGUGACAAAGGUGAUGAAGGAAGACCAGGCCCACCUGGCUUAACCAUUGAAGUGAAAGGCCAGAAGGGCGAAUCAGCAGUGGGCUCCCUUUUAAACCGGACCCGGGAAUGCUUCCGGUGCCAUGUCAUGUCUUCCAGGAAGUACUUCCAGGCCAUAAACAAAAGUGGGGAGAUCCUCACCCGUCAGCGCCCUCUAUUGGUACAUGGGGACCCUGAUAAGGCUGCACUUACAGACUCCAUCUCCCAAGCACCCCUGGUCCACCUGGUGCAUUGGGAGAAAAGGGUUCAGAAGGUCACCACGGAGAACCAGGAAAAGAAGGUCCAAGAAUCCUCUCAAGCUCUGUCAGGCUGGCUAGAGACCAUCGAUGGACGGCUGUUGUCAGGUUUCUCCAGAGAUGUUUGGUUUGGUUCCAAUCUGGGCUGUGGCUGGGCCACUCAGGGAUAUUCCCAGAAGUGUCUCUAA